AAUCAUAGUGAAUCAUUCAGUAUGACAGUGGUUGUGGUGUUCUGAACUGAUCUCAGAACAGCGGCGAACGAACCACGUACACUGACUCCAUUUUGUGUGAGGGACUGUUCGCACUUCGCACAGACACGACACAUUCAGAGGAGAAACAUCAAGUAGAGGAAGAUGAGCGGCUGUCGUAUUUUCAUCGGUCGAUUGAACCCCUCUGCUCGAGAGAAGGACGUCGAGCGGUUCUUCAAGGGUUAUGGAAAAAUCAGGGACAUUGACCUGAAAAGAGGCUUCGGAUUUGUAGAAUUUGAUGAUCCGAGAGAUGCAGAAGAUGCUGUUUAUGAGCUUGAUGGAAAAGAGCUCUGCAAUGAAAGGGUGACCAUUGAACAUGCCCGUGUCCGUCUGCGUGGGGGCCGGGGCCGCGGAGGCAGUGGAGGACGUUUUCCCGGGCGGUAUGCUCGUGGCUCCCAGGACAGCCGGAGAAAUAAGUCAGUGACUCGAAGUGUUUCGCCUGUCAGGAAUCCUCCACCAAUGCGCACAGAGAAUCGGCUCAUUGUGGAGAAUUUGUCAUCAAGAGUCAGCUGGCAGGAUUUGAAGGAUUUCAUGAGACAAGCUGGAGAAGUUACUUUUGCAGAUGCCCAUCGGCCAAAGCUUAAUGAGGGUGUGGUUGAGUUUGCUUCUCAUAGCGAUCUAAAAAAUGCCCUGGAGAAGUUGUCUGGGAAGGAGAUCAAUGGAAGGAAAAUCAAACUUGUCGAGGCGACCAGGAAAAAAUCCAGAACCCGGUCUCGUUCAAAUAGUUCCUCCCGUUCUCGUUCCCGAGGGCGCUCCACAUCACGUUCUCGUAGCCGCUCACAUUCCCAUAGCCCCAAAUCACAUAACCGCUCCAGAAGUCGGUCCCGUUUGGCCAGUGCUUCUCCUGUGCGGCCCAAAGAAGCACCACGUGCUGAAUCCGCAUCACCACCGCCCCCAGCACAGCGCCCCCCACCGUCCCGUUCCCCAUCUGCUGACAGUCGUCAUUAGCCUCCACUGCCCUGUGUGCUGAGAGAUGUGUCUGUGGACAACACUGCACGAGGGUGAUGAAGUUAGCAGUAUUGCCCCAUCUUUGAUCAGUUUAGGUCCUGGAAGUGGACGGACAGCCUCUCUUCAUGCCAGGAGUUUCACAGCACGGGCUCUGUUGCUAGUUUAAAGGCAUUUGACAGGAGAAUCAUAUUAAAUCAGGAAUAUACUGCUGUUUUGGGUGUUUUUUUUUUUUUUAUAUAUAUAUAUAGUUAAUGUCUAAAAUGGGUAUUUGGUUGUUAUUUUUAUCACUGUAUACAGAGUGAGGUUUGAUUGAUGUUGAGAGUCUUUAUUUGUAUAAAUAUAUUUAAGGACGAGCCAGUAAAUGUGAUUGUUUUCAAUUAGUGCGACCCUAUGAUGCGUGUUGAAAAUACUGAAUUAAGAUUCAAUACAUAGUAUAUGAAUCAUGACAAGAAGAAGUGAAGUGCUUCAUGAAAGGCUGAUAAGAAUAGGAAUUUCAAGUGCAAGAACUGCCACACAAAGUGACAGCCAUUUCAUAUCCUGCAUAAAUUUUUGCGGGUCUUUCAGUGUUUUAUGAAAAAGCCUGUGCUGUUUGACCAGCUAACUGUAUAUUUUUUUUACUUCAUGAAUAUACAGUAUGUGUGAAUUGUUUGUAAUGUGGAUGCUUAAAUUAUAAUCAAAGAAUCGCCCAAGUUCCCGCCGCGCUGCAUGACAAAAAAUAUAUUUUCAUAGUUGUGAACCCCGUAUCAUAUACACACCCUAUUCAUAUGCGUGUAUUUAAUUUCUCAUUGAGGAUAUGCAUUUCAAUAUCGCAUUAGUUUGUAGGAGUAAAAUAUGCUUUUUUUGCAAUGCAUAGUUUCUUUUAUUAAGCAAAUCAGGAUAUGAUUUUUAUAUCAUUUCUGAUGUACCAUGUAUUCCGGUUUUAUGUAAAAAUCUAUUUUUUUCUGGAUAUGUUUUGAUGAAUGUGUUACCUUUCUGUACCAUGGUACAAAUAAUACACAUGGAAAUGUCUUUGAACAUUUAUAAAGUUUGUGUAGCACUGUUAAAAAUGAAUAAAUUACUGAAAAACUGUUA